ACGUACACGCAUGGGACUCUGGGAAUUAAACAGGAACACAGGAAGAGACAGAAAUACCUGUUGUGCUCUUUUUUGAUCCAGUGUUUUCGAGACUGUGUGUGUGUGUGUGUGUGUGUUGAUGGGUAAGGUGCAGGUGGGAGUCGGGUCGUUCGCCCGGAGGCCCGAUAACUCGGCCUUUAAACAACAAAGGCUGCCGGCGUGGUCUCCCUCCCUCGCGCCACACACCGUGCUGCCGAUCUUCUACUCCCUCUCUCUGGUGUGUGUGCUGCUUGGCGUCUGGCUCCUCAUAACAGUCCAGAACACGUAUCAGCUGAAGGUUGACUACACAGACGCUGGUUCGUGUGGCGACUGCUUAGAGAUGCGCAAAUAUCCCACCAACGCCACUACCGAGUGUAACUGUGUUGUCAACUUCAGUGUCCCAAAGACCGUCCUGGGGGAUGUCUUCUUCUACUAUGGCCUGAUUAAUUUCCACCAGAACCUGCGUAGGUACAUGGACUCCCGCGAUGAUGCCCAGCUGGUCGGGAGGAAGAAUAGCCUGAAGGCCCCCAGUUCGUACUGUGAGCCGUUUGCUUAUGAUACAAAUGGCGUGCCUAUCGCCCCCUGUGGUGCGGUGGCGAACAGCAUGUUUAACGACUCGUUCGCGCUGCUGUAUCAUCAGUCUGUCGGUGCCGAAAUCGCCGUUCCGCUCCUCAGAAAGGGCAUCACCUGGUACACGGACAAAAACGUCAAGUUCCACAAUCCCCAAACAAACUCGACACUCCAGCAGGCCUUCGAAGGUACCGCUCGGCCGUCGUACUGGCAGCAGCCGGUGUACGACCUUGACCCUACCGAUCCCAACAACAACGGCUUCGUCAACGACGAUCUGAUCGUGUGGAUGAGAGAAGCGGCCUUCCCCAACUUCAAAAAGCUCUACGGCAUUCUCAACCGCGCUCAUGCUCCCUUCUCACACGGCCUGCCUGCUGGCAGCUACAGCGUCAUCAUCUCCUAUAAUUUCCCUGUUCAGUACUUCCAGGGCAGGAAGGAACUCGUGCUUACCACGGUGACGUGGUUCGGUGGUCAGAAUCCCUUCCUGCCCAUUGCGUACCUGGUGAGCGGAAGCGUAAUCUUCGCCGCGGCGGUCGUUCUAACCGCGGUGUACGUCAAGGUGGGCCGAGACGGCAAGAACAUGGAGGAGUGACGGAGCAGACGGAGGAUCGUGGACGAUCGUGCAUCCUCCGACGCCUAAAUCCAUUUGAAAUCCACUUGAAAUCCACAAUAUCUAAAUCCACAAUAUCGUUAUUGUGAAGGACGGAUACGCGAGACGUGUCGACCCUGCACUGGGAAUCCUCUCCACUCAUAUGAGCUGAUUAAGUAAAAGUUUAUUCAGAACUCUAAAAGUUUGCUGUCGGAUUGUAGACCGUAAUAGAAGUGUACAUGACCAAUCAUAGGAUGUACAACACAUUUACACCCAGAUUAUACCAUUGUGCCCGUAAGUUUGCACACCCCUUACAGAAUCUGAUCAAUCUUAAUACUGUUAAGAAAAUAAGACGGAUGAUUAAAAAUCCCGUGUUGGUGUUUAUUUAGUCCUGUCAUAUAAACUAUUUCACAUGAGAGAUGUUUACAUAUCGUCCACAAGACGAGAUAAUAGCUGAAUUUCUAAAAAUGACCCCAUUCAAAAGUUUACACACCCUUGAUUAUUAAUACCGUGUGUCGUUACCUGGAUGAUCCACGACAUGAUGUGUUCAUGUUCUGUGAGAGUUCUUCACGAGUCCCUUGUUUGUGCCGAGCAGUUAAACUCCCCGCUGUUCUUCAGAAAAAUUCUCCAGGUCCUGCACAUUCUUUACUUUUCCAGCAUCUUCUGCAUAUUUGAGCCCUUUCAAGCAGCGACUAUAUGACGUCGAGACCCAUCUUUUCACACCGAGGACGACUGAGGGACUCGUACACGACCGUUACACAAGGUGCGAACGUUCACUGAUGCUCGAGAAGGCAACACGAUACAUUAAGAGCCAGGGGGGUGUAAACUUUUGAACAGGAUGAUUGAUGUAAAUUGUUAAAAGAUCUUAUUUAUUUUUUCAUCUAGUACCGCCCUUGAGACACUACAUAAGAUAGUCACACGUCUCCCGAAAGACAAAAUACUAACAAUUUACACCGAUGAACAUGAUCCUGUUCAAAAGUUUACACCCCCCCCCGCCCGCCCCCGGCUCUUAAUGUAUCGUGUUGCCUUCUGGAGCAUCAGUGAAUGUUUGCACCUUUUGUAAUAGUCGUGUACUCUUAUUUUGUUAACAGUAUUAAUAUUUAGCCGAUUCUGCAAGGGGUAUGCAAAGUUUUGGGCACAACUGAAGAUGUAGGUGCGCACUGGGAUCUUUAAGGUGGAAAUCAAAUGUCAUAUCGGGGAAUUAUUAUUAUUUAACCCUAUGCUCUCAGAUAGCUGAUGAAACUGGCUGGUGUUAUAAAAGCCAUAUCUCAGACGAGUGUGUUAUGAACGCUAUACAACACAUUAUCAGUAUCAUAUCUUCAAAGCCCCAGCUUUAAUUCCUGCUUCUCUCCAGUAGGGGUCAGCUAUCACACCACCUCAGUGUUUUAAAACUUUACUUCCACAAAGGUUUGAGAGGUUUCCUUUUGUCUAACUGUAUUUCUGAAUGAUGUCUCAGAUCCACCCUCGGACACCAGAGAGAGGUGAUAUAUAUAUAUAUAUAUAUAUGGAUUCUUUACUCGAAAAUUGUAUUACAUCAUCAUAUUCCCCAGCCCUUGGACCCUCGGACUCUACAAUCUGUAAUCAUAUUUUUAUUAAAACUUUACUUAGCAA